AUGGAGAGCUCAGAUGUGGAGCUGGACCUCCAGCGGAGUGUGCAGGCAGUGCUCCGGGAGCUCAGCAGCCAGGCCCCAGCCCUGCAGAACAACCAAGGCAUGUGGAGGUGGUCCCUGCACAAGAAGGUCGAGCGAGAUCCUGGUAAGAGUCCGGUGCUGGUCCGCAUUCUGCUCAGAGAACUGGAAAAGGCAGAAAGCGAAGACCUCCGGCAUGUCAUCAUUCCCUUGCUGCAUACCCUCCUGUACGUGCUCACUAAGGCCACCGGCAUCACGGAGGAGCUCUACCGGAGAACCUACAGCUUUUGCACGAGGCUGCUAACCCUGCCCGCCCCCUACUGCACAGUAGCCUUGGACUGCGCCAUAAGGCUGAAAACAGAGACAGCUGUCCCAGGGACACUGUACCAAAGGCUGGUCAUUGCCGAACAGAACCUGACAAGUGAGAUGUACCCCUACCAGGAGAGAGUGUUCCUCUUCGUGGAUCCUGAGCUGGUAUCUCCCUCCGUGUGCAGCGCCCUGCUGCUGGAGAUCGAGGCGGCCCAGGCGCAGCAGACCCCGGAGGCCUGCAUGCGCCACGUGGUCUCCCACGCCCUGCAGGCUGUGCUUGGGGACGCCUGCCAUGCAAGUGCCCUGCAGAGGAAGCUGAAGGCCAGCCCUCGCCACGCCCUGGAGCGCUAUUUCCACGCCGUGGUGGCGGCCGUGGAGCAGAUGGCCGGCGAACCCAACCCGAGCCGGGAGGGACACCUGGAGAGGCUAGAGGAGAUUUACUGCUCGCUGUUGGGGCCGGCGGCGGCCGCCAGGGAGAGCUGCUGCGGUGACCGCCUGCAGGACCCGCAGCCAAGCAUCCCUCUGCCCAGCCCCCACAUCACCUUCCACCUGUGGACCGAUGAGGAGCAGCUCUGGAAGGAACUGGUCCUCUUCCUGCGUCCGCGAUCCCAGUUGCGCCUCAGUGCUGACUUGGAGGCCUUGGAUCUGCAGGGCCUCUGGCCAGACCGGGAGCUGGCCCGGGCGUCCAUGCUGUCCACCGACAGUGGCAUCGAGCGGGACCUCCCUGCAGGGGCCGACGAGCUGCCUGUCCCCAGCAGCCCUGAGAUGGAGCGUGCCGGGCUGCAGCGCAAAGGAGGCAUCAAGAAGCGGAUGUGGCCCCCCGACGUCUUGAUGCCUGCGUGCUGGGACGGGCCCCAGGGGCUGCACCGCAGGACGGGCAUGCCCAGUGGGGAUGGGGAGCUACUGCCCGGUGUCUCCCGGCUCCACACGGCCAGGGUGCUGGUGCUGGGGGAUGACAGGAUGCUGGGGCGCCUGGCCCAGGCCUACCACAGCCUCAGGAAACGAGAGACCCAGAAGUUUUGCCUCACCCCCAGACUCAGCCUGCAGCUCUACUACAUCCCCGUGUUGGCGCCCGAGGAGCUGCCGUCAUGCAGACAUUCAGAGCUCAGAGAGCUGGCCACGUUCCUGGGCCGCGCAGACCCGUGGUACCAGAGCACCGUCAACACACUAUGCCCGGCCAUCCACAAGCUGGCAGAGAUGCCCCCUUCCCUGGACACAUCCCGGACUGUGGACCCCUUCAUCCUGGAUGUCAUCACCUACUACGUUCGCAUGGGCACCCAACCCAUCUACUUCCAGAUCUAUACUGUCAAGAUCUUCAGGGACCUGAGCCAAGACCCCGCAGAGGACAUUUUCCUCACUGAGCUGAAGGUGAAGAUCCAAGACUCCAAAUUCCCCAAAGAUGGCUUUUCACCCAGGAGGAAGGGCGCGGCCGAGGGCCCAGGGGCCGAGCUGUCCAUCUGCUACCAGAAGGCCCUGCUCAGCCACCGCGCCCAAGAGGUCUCCAGUUCCCUGCGGGCCACUGGGCUGGUCCUGAAGGCCCUUCCAGCCAGUGACACUGAGGGUUCAGGGCCCACCCACGCCCCCCCACCUGCUGCUCCAGUCAUAGACCACAGGUGCCUGAAUGUCAACGUGAUGGAGGUGGUCAAGUCCUCCAACUUGGCGGGCAGGUCCUUCUCUACAGUGAUGAACACCUUCCGGACAGCCACCAUCCAGAUCCAGAGCCAGGACCAGAGGCUCCUGACGCUGCUGCUGGACAAGGACAGUCGACGCACGUACAGGGAUGUGGUCAGGUUCGAGGUUGCUCCCUGCCCAGAGCCGUGUUCCGGGAUGCACAAGUCCAAGGCGCCGUGCUUCGGUUCACCCCAGCCGGAGGUGGAAGGGACCAAAGCCAAGCCCAAGCCCCUUCUGAUGCCCAUCAACACGUUCUCCGGCAUCGUCCAGUGA